AUAACAGUUAACAAUUUAUUUAUUCAUCAUUAAAUCGUUAUACCGGUAACGUUUUGACUUGCCGACUACGUCUCAAUAAUGAAAUUUAAUACGAUCCGUCUGACUAUGGGCUUUUCAUCUACGUCUUGACCAAGUCUUUUCAAACCGAAAAUGACGAGUUCCCUACACGUCGUCAUAACGUGCGUGAAGUUGCUCCUGUUGCCAUCCUAUUUUUCGACCGAUUUCGAGGUGCAUCGCAACUGGCUGGCCACAACGUAUAGUUUGCCUAUAUCACAGUGGUAUUCAGCUAACCAUUCGGAAUGGACCAUCGACUAUCCGCCACUUUUUGCGUGGUUCGAAUACUUCUUGGCUCAAAUUGCUGCUUUUGUUGAUAUUGACAUGUUAUCGAUACACAAUCGUAAUUACUCGUCAAACGCCACCGUAUUCUUUCAGCGACUUAGCGUCAUCAUUACUGAUUUUGUUUUUUAUUACGGAUCUCGGAAAUGUGCUCAGUCAAUUGCAUUACUUGUGAAAUCGCCCAAAACUAAAAAGAAAAAACAUAUGGAUGAAAGUAAAAUUUCUGUUUUUGUCAUUGAACUUUUGUUAAUAGCCAAUGUGACAUUAUUGCUUAUUGACCAAAUACACUUUCAGUACAAUGGCUUUCUUUUCGGAAUCCUACUUGUAUCAAUAUCACACAUUUUAAAGGGUGAAAACUAUAGAGGUGCAUUUUGGUUUACGGUUCUGUUGAAUUUCAAGCAUAUUUAUUUAUAUUUGGCUCCAGCAUAUUUUGUAUAUUUAUUAAAACACUUUUGUUUUAGAAAAAACGUACAAUUUGCAAUGAAAAGACUUAUAAAAUUAGGUUUAAUUGUUCUCGGUGUAUCUAGUAUAUCAUUUGGACCUUUUGUAUUCAAUGGUCAAAUUGUACAGGUUUUUAAACAGCUAUUUCCAUUCAAACGAGGUUUGUCACAUGCCUAUUGGGCACCAAACUUUUGGGCCCUAUAUAAUGCAGCUGAUAUUGGUGCUAAAAUUACAUAAUUAUUUUAGAUAAAGACUACGAUUUGAUAAAAAAUAAUAAUUCAGCAUCAAUGACGAGAGGCUUAGUUCAAGAAUUUGAACAUACUGUUUUGCCAUCAAUUACUCCUCAGAUUACUUUUAUUUUAACAAUAAUUUUU